AUGUCAGAACCAGUAGAAGGAACAACAGAUUCCAUACCACAACAAGUAUUACCAUUAGAAGUAAUAGAUAGAUCCAUUGGUAAAAAACUUCGAGUUUUAAUGACAAGUGAUAAAGAAUUUUAUGGUACAUUAAUUGGAUUCGAUGAUUAUGUAAAUAUGGUAUUAGAAGAUGUUGAAGUAAUAAGUAAUAAUGAUGAUGAUAAACAAAUUGUUAAAAAAAUGUUGCUAAAUGGUGGUCAUAUUGCAAUGAUUGUACCUGAUGUACAUUCUGGAAAACAAUAA